CCUUUAAGAGGGAGCCGAGCACCUACUCUGCAAUGUGCGGCCCCGCCCCGCGCGGGGCGCCUGGCGAAUGGGCGACUCGAAGGACGCGGCAUUGGCGGUGCGGAUGAACUCGGGGCUCUGCCGGCCGCGCCUGGAGCGCGGGGUGUUUGACGGGCUGCCGUGCCGCUCCGGCACUGCCGUUCUUGCGGCGCCCCACUCCGCCCAUGGCCUCCGCGCUGCUACCUCCUCUUUGGAUAGGUUUCUUAUGGUGUGGAGGCUGAAGGCCCAAUGCAGAGCUUACAGAUUUGUAGGCCAUGCAGAAGCAGUGACCAGCAUACAGUACUCGCCGGAUGGGCAGCUGCUUGCUUCAGCUUCUCGGGAUCGUACUGUCAGACUAUGGAUUCCUUGCAUUCAUGGAGAAUCAUCGGUCCUGAAAGGUCAUACAGCGUCUGUUCGUAGUGUGAGCUUCUCUCAGGAUGGCCACUUUCUAGUUUCAGCAUCCAAUGAUAAAUCAAUAAAAAUAUGGAGUGUUUGCCAUCCAUGCCUUUUGUUUUCCCUAUUCCAACACACUCACUGGGUUUGCUGUGCCAAAUUUUCACCUGAUGGAAGACUAAUAGCAUCUUGCAGUGAGGAUAAAUCUGUUAAGAUCUGGGAUACAAGAAAUAAAACUUGUAUUGAGAGCCUCUUGGAUUAUGAAGGAUUUGCAAAUUUUGUGGAUUUCAACCCAAGUGGUACGUGUAUAGCUUCUGCUGGUUCCAAUCAUGCAGUGAGACUGUGGGAUAUUCGAAUGAACAAGCUACUGCAGCAUUACAAAGUUCACAGAGCAGGAGUUAACUGUAUAUCAUUCCAUCCUUCUGGUAACUAUCUCAUCACUGCUUCUGAUGAUGGUACCCUUAAGAUUUUGGACGUGUUAGAAGGAAGGCUUAUUUACACUCUUCAUGGACACAAGGGACCUGUACUUUCUGUGGCUUUUUCAAAAAAAGGUGAAAAAUUUGCCUCAGGUGGAGCAGAUGCUCAGGUAUUACUAUGGAAAACCAACUUUGAUUCUUGGGAUCAUAAAGAAGUUCUUAAACACCAUAUUAGAAGAACAAAUCUUGAUGAUCCUCCUCAUCUUCUUGAUAUUUACCCAAGGUCACCUCAUCUCCAUGGUGAAAAAAUUCAGUCAGUUGAGGUCAACCCUACCUUUGUGAGUAAUACACAAGCACUUGACCCGCCUGUCAUCGAAAUUAGUUCCUCUUCAUCUUUCAGUACUCCGGAUUAUGUCAUCAGUGAAGAUGCGCAGAAUCCCUCUGAUUCAGUCUUGGCAACAAGUUCAAAAAGGAAGUCAGAGAAUGAGAGUGAAUCAGCUGUGCCUAAUGUGGGCAAGCAAACAGGCAUCUCCCCCUCCCUGGGUAACACUUUGGAGCACAUUGUGGAGCAGCUGGAUGUUUUAACUCUAACCUGGCACAGAGGGACCCAACUGCUCUUCAAAGCCGCCAAAGAGGAAGCAAUUGUCAGAAGAGAAGAAGAAAAAUCAGCCAUUAGCUAUCAUCUUUUUCAUCCUUUUGUGCUUUGUAUUGUAAUGAAAUAGUACGUCUGUCUCAAGAUUUUUUUCCUCCUCCUAAUCCCCAGAGGAAAUCCCUGCUCCUUUUACAGAGAUAAAACCUUAGGACAAAGUGAAAGUAGCAAGAACUGUAAAUCUGUGCUGGAGGCUGCUUGCUCACUGAAGCCUUGCCUGGCCACAGUGGUUGAUGUCAAAGGCUUACAGUGCUUAUUCCAACACCUGUAUUGAACAUCAGUUCUCUCAUAAGAUUCAGAAUGAAUUUUAUAAGAUUCAUGAGCAAAGCAUGCUUGCAGCAGUUUGCUGUAUACAGGGACUUUAUGAACAUGUGUCAUAGAGACAGUAGUCUGGGAAGGACAAAGCAGCAAAAUCCUUUCUCUAAUUUCCUCUAAGGAAGAUGCAGGUAAGCCAAGUGCAAUGGAUUGUGCUGCUUCAUGCUACUUUCAUCUUGCACAUCUCAUAAAGAAACAUCUAAGAUGCGUUGCAUUUGGGUGACAAAAAGGACAGGAUGCUCCCAGCAACAGUUCUUCCUCAUGAGAGCACUUGCUGAACAUUUUUAAAUCAUUCUUUUUAUUAAUAUUUUCACCCUGUGAUAUGUGCUGGGAGCACAAGACCCAGGAUGUUUGCUAAAAAGAGCAAUUUGAAAGAGAAAGAUGAUAUGGUUGGUGAUGGUUUCUGACUAUGUCCAAGUUCUGCACUGAUUACUGGGGGCAUUCUGUUAAAAUUAAGUGAUGCUACACCUAAAAAUUUUGUGAGGAAAAGCAAGGCUUAGCUCUUAAUCUGUAAGACUUGAAAAUUUCUCUAUUCCAUAAAACCAGCUUUCCCAUCUCAGAAAAUUUCAUAAAUGUAAUAAAAUGCCAUUAACUUUUCAGUUAAGCAGUGAGUGUAAUCAGGCAAAGUGUAGUAGAUUAUAAUAUUUGAUUGUGUGUAACUGUGCUGAGUGGUUUCGGUCUGCACUGAUGUUUCUCUACAGCUUCAUUGCUGAAACACUGUCAGCUUUUGUGCAGCUUCUGCAAUCUAUUCAGUAUAGACUUAGCCUAUAAAUAGCUGCAUUAUUGAAAGACUGUGAGAGGUUCAUUAGAGCAGUUGUGACAGCCUCACUCGAGCCAGGGCUGAUACAGUACCACUCCAAGUUACCAAAGAGCUUCAGCAUGAAGCAUGAAGCUGAGCUUUUGGCCGUGCAGCAGAGUUGAUGCCCCUCCAGUUGUCCCCUCAAUCGCCCCGGCUGCGGACUCUCACAAAGUAGAUGGCACUUCUUUCUGGCUCCUGGGACUUCUUUCCAAAUGAAAACACAGCAUAGGGGAGCCUGUGUUCAUGCCAACCUUAUCCCAGCACAGAGCCAGGAUGCAGCCAGGGCGUAUGCCGGGGGCUGGGGCCGCAGGACAUCCUGCCCAAUGCACCUACCCAGCAGUGCAGACGCAGCCAGGGAGAUUAGUCAUCUUAAAAUCACACGCAGGCAUAAGUACUUUGCUGACUCAAUAGGAAGUCGCUGGCUGAAACCAGUGGGACUUCUCACGUGACUGAAGUUACAUUCUGAAAAAUGGCUUAAUUUUGUGCACUGUAUUCCCAUGACUGGAGGGCAAAGAAAGAAAAUCUGAACAGCAGCUUUUGGUUGUUUCCCUUUAAAGGUACAUGGAAAACAAAUAUAGUUAUUGUAACUUGAGUUUCUAGCUAGUUUAAAUGGGCACUUUGCUGUUUCACAGAUACCUGAAUUAAAGCCUCCCACUUCUGGCUCUGGCAGUCAAGUAAAUGAAGAGUACUCAGGACUAGUCCCCAGUUUGUAUGCAGGCCAUAUCCUACAGCCUUUUGGGUACUCUGUGGAAGGGAUGGUAGAAUGAGAGAUGUUUCCAGUAUCAUUCAAAACCAUAAAAAAGGAAAUAUCCUUCUUACAAAGAAAGAAGCUCUCUUCAGCUAUCCCAAGCUGUGUCUGUGUUUUCCACAUUUUUCUUUCUCUAAACGCUCAAGUUAGUAAUUUCAAACGAGAGAGUUAUGCCCUUGUUACAUAAUCUGAGUACUGGGAGGAAAUUAUCCCUAUUUUUCUGUCUAAUGGAUUUGGAAGGAAAAGGGAGGAACAACAGUCUGUAAUAUCUGCAAAAUGCUAUUCAGAAUGAAAACAAAAAUGAUGGGUACAAUAAAAUUGCCCUGUCCCCAUCCAGCAUCUCACCAUUACUUUUACAUUUGUGUACACUGCAGGGUAACAAAGCUGAGCCUUCAGCACUCCAUCGUAAA